AUAUAAUCCACUGCCUUAUUUCACAAUCCAACUCAAUUUUUCAAAAAAUAUUAAUCUUAGCACUGUACUGUACCCACUCUGUAACUCCUCACUUACUGUAGAUUAGAACAUAGCAAAAACAAAGAAUUAAAAUGGAUUCUGAAAAACAAGAAUCAUCACCUAAACAAGUUCAAGAAAAUGGCAGUUUUAGCUUCAGCAGAGAGGAGAUUAUGAAGGAGAUGAAGCAGCAGUUAUUAUUAGCAGGUCCUUUGAUUUCAGUGUUCUUCUGUAUCGGUUUGAUUCAGAUGAUUUGCUUGACAUUUGUUGGUCACCUUGGUGAGCUUGCUCUUUCUGGUGCUUCUAUUGCCACUUCUUUUGCUUCCAUGGCUGGUUACACUUUGCUGAGAGGGAUGGGAAGCGCAUUAGAGACAUUCUCCGGUCAGGCGUACGGGGCGAAACAGUAUCACUUGCUUGGCAUACAUUUACAAAGAGGAGUUCUAAUUCUUCUGAUUAUGAGCGUACCUAUAGGAAUUGCAUUUGCUUUUUCUGCUGACAUUCUCAAGUUUGUCAGACAAAAUCAUGAAAUAGCAGAGGAGGCAGGGAAAUACGCUCGUUUCCUCAUCCCCGGAUUUUUCGGGAUUUCACUACUCGAAUGUCUCAUCAGAUUCUUACAAACACAAAAUAAAGUUGUUCCUGUUUUGAUCAGUGGAGCAAUUGCAACAGCAUUGCAUAUUCCUAUUUGUUGGCUUCUGGUUUUUAGGUCUGGCCUGAGAGAAAAUGGAGCUGCUCUGGCAAAUACUAUUUCUUUUUGGGUUAUUUCAUUGCUGCUCAUAGGUUAUGUCUGGUUUUCUUCAUCAUGUAAAGAAACUUGGACAGGUUUCUCAAAGGAAGCAUUUCAUGGAAUUCCCAAGUUUCUAAAACUGGCAAUUCCUGCUACUGUAAUGCUUAGCUUGGAAGUUUGGUCACUUGAGAUAGUUGUCAUGUUAUCCGGCAUUCUUCCGGACCCGAAACUCGAAGCAUCUGUAUUGUCCAUAAGCUUUAACAUGCACAUGAUGGCUUACAUGAUAUCUUUUGGUCUCAGUGGUGCUGUAAGUACAAGAGUGUCAAAUGAACUGGGUGCUGGGCGACCCCGAGCAGCGAGGCUAGCAGUAUAUGCUGUGGUGAUUAUGGUACUAGUAGAAGGCAUUGUUGUAGCUAUUGCUAUGGUGUUAUGUCGAAAUGUUUGGGGUUACUUGUUUAGCAAGGAAAUCAAAGUUGUUAAAUACGCCGCCAAAAUGAUGCCUCUGCUUGCAGUAUCUCAUUUCAUCAAUGGUUAUCAAACCGUACUUUCAGGGACUUGUAGAGGAUGUGGAUUGCAGAAAAUAGGGGCAAUUGUGAACUUGGGAGCUUAUUACCUCAUCGGAAUUCCCUGUGCUGUCGUAUUAGCUUUUGUAUUCCACAUCGGAGGGAAGGGUCUGUGGAUUGGGAUUACAGUAGCAAUGUUUGUGCAAGCAACUUCUUAUUCAAUCAUAAUUUUGUGCCUUGACUGGGACAAACAAGUAAGGAAAGCUAAAGAAAGAGGCCAAACUGCAAUGGUCAUCAGAGAGGCUGAUGCUUUGUAAAUACCAUUAUUUUUUGUUGGAACCAAAUUCUGCAGAAUUGCAAAUUUAGAUCAUUCCAGAAAGAGUAAAUAGUAGAAUGCCAUCAUUUGAAUCAAA